AAAAAUGACUCUACGUUCCACUUGUCUUCAGAUCGGAGUGGUCGCUAGGAAGGUUGCUGACAAAUACAACCAGUUCGGACGGAUGAUAUUUGGUCCCAAGGUUCUGCUUGUGUAUUUGUUCAUUGUGAAUUUAUUUAUUUAUUUUGAUAGAGGUGUUGUUUCUGGUAUUUUACGUGCUUUGGAAGCAAAGUGGGAUUUAUCACAAACUGAACAAGGAGCACUCGGAUCAGCUUUUAUGGUUGGAUAUAUGAUUUUUGGACCAAUUUUUGCUCAGUUAGCCUCUAAAAUUCCAAUGAAGAUUGUUAUUUUUGUCGGAUUGGUUAUUUGGUCUGUAUUAACAAUAUUGUGUGGAUUUACUAGUGUUGUAACAUCAAAGACUGGUUUCUACUUGUUGGCUGUUUGUCGUUGCUUGGUUGGUGUUGGUGAAGCUGCCUAUGCUCCUGUUGCACCAACCUUAUUGGAUGAUGUUGCUCCUGCCAAAAGUAGAACAAUGUACAUGUCCUUCUUCUAUCUUGCCAUGCCUGUUGGUGUUGCUAUUGGGUAUGGUGUAAGUGGUGUUGUAGCUGAUUAUUUGGAUUGGUCACUCGUUUUUAUGGGAGAAGGUAUUUUGAUUAUUCCUCUUGCUUUAUUGAUCUUGAUGGUUCCUCCAUCUGAUCAAUACAGAAAAGAUAGAAUGGAAAAGGAAGACAGAGAAAGAUUAGUCAAUGAAAACAAUUCUCUUCUUGAAAAUAAUGAUUCCAAUAACCAAAUUCCUCAAACUUCAUCUGAAUCUAACAUUGUUACUGAAAGUGAUGCAAUGAGUCAAUUUGGAGAUGUUGAAAAGGACAAGACCUAUAAUAUUUUCCAAGCAAUUUACCAUUUAUUUACAAACUCUGUCUACGUGUAUGCUCUUUUGGGUUAUACAAUGUAUACAUUUGUGAUUGGCGCAUUGGCUUUCUGGGGACCAACUCUUGUUUCAAAGGGGCUUCACAUUAGAAUGUCUAUUGCAAGUUUGGCCUUCUCUGGUAUCAGUGUUGUGACUGGUAUCGUAGGUUCUAUGGUUGGAGGUAUAGUUUUGGAUAAGAUUGGUGGAUCUAAGGGAAUGGCUGGAAGUGCUAGAGGAUUAAUGCUAUGUGCUAUUUUCAUUUUCCUUGCUAUUCCAUUUGGUUAUGGAGCAUUUAGUACAUCUAAUAUUCCACUCUAUUUUUCCUUAUUGGUUAUUGCUGAAUUCUUCAUUUUCUGCAUUACCAGUCCUGUAAAUGUUUCCUUCUUGUCAGUUGUUUCUCCAAACUUGAGAAAUUACAGUAUGAGUAUUCAGAUCUUUGUCAUUCACGCUAUUGGUGAUUUCCCUUCACCUUCUGCUAUGGGUGCAUUUGCUGAUUAUUUAGGAGGUAAUGCUGGUCUUUCAAAGAGUAUCCUAUUCUUGUGGACCGUUCUUGUUUUUAGUGUUGCCUUCUUCUUUGUUGGAUUUUUAAUUGCUCGAUCAAAGAGUAAGAUUGAAGAACGUAGUGAAGCUUUUGCUGACCUCAAGAAGGAAAAUUAUCAAAGAGCAAAGACGGAGCUAAUCGGAAUUGCAAGUCGGAAAGCUGCUUCAUUGAAUUGUUGUGUGGCUUGUUCUUCUUCCCUCAUGAGAAAUUAUGCAACAUUUAAUUUUAAUCAAAAUGAAGAAGAUGAUUAUGAAAAACAGCCAGGACAAUCACCUUUAGCUGCACCAUUGGAACAAUAUAACGUCAUGCAAUAUGAUUCUUCUGUGACUUUUAUUUCAGGAUAUGGUCAACGAUCUUUCUUUGUUGGAAAUACCAGAAUUUUCGGAAGUAUAUUCGCAACAAAGAAACAAGUUUUUGUUUGGGAUAUCUCGGAUCCAAGUCAAAUUACAAUUGAAAGUUUAAAAUUGGCUGAACAUUUAAAUCCAACACCUACCUUACUUCUUGUUGGAACUGGUAAGUCAAUUGUUAGAUUACCACAGGAAGUACAUGAAUAUUUCAGAAAGAAUGGUGUUGUUAUUGAGGAAAUGAAUUCAGUGAGUGCUGUCAGUACCUUCAAUGUUUUGAAUCAAGAAGGAAGAGAUGUAUGUUGUGCUUGCAUUUCACUUGAGCCAGUCAAUGUUAAAGAUUUGGUUCCAGAAAAAUCACCAGUUGUCUUUUUGGAAAUUAGAAAUGUUCUUGAUAGGAGACCAGGUGGCAGUCCUCUUGGAUAA